AUAAACAACGCCGCAAUUGUCACAAUGAAAACGCCGGAGGAGCUGUACAAGCUUCGGAAAGAAGCUUUUGUUUCCAACCUUACGGGAGGAUCAAUCACUGAGAUCAACCUUGUCACUGCCAUAGCUCCUGUCUCGUAUGUCUUCUUCGCGGUUCUCCAAUCCCGUCUGUGCCUCUUUACCUCCUACGGACCGGCACAAUUGGCUAUCGAUUUCCUCAUCAACUGUGUUCUCGUUCUUCUCGCGACGACCCUAUACUCUGCCCAGCCGUUGCUCCUGAGCAUACUUGUGCUGUCGCCAGCUGUCCUCAUCUACUUCACCACUUCGAAACCACCCAAGACUGCAAGGCCCAACAUUUCAAAGUCCAAGGAUGUUGUCGAAGGCAGCGAGAAGAGUCAGGACCUGCUGCCAAAGAAAGCAUUCCUCACUGUGUACCGCGGUAGCAUGAUGGUCAUCACGUGCGUUGCCAUCCUGGCGGUCGACUUCCACGUCUUCCCCCGGCGGUUCGCAAAGGUCGAGAACUGGGGUACAUCAUUGAUGGACCUUGGUGUUGGAUCAUUCGUGUUUUCCUCGGGGCUUGUGUCGGCGCGUACAGUGGUCAAGCAAUACCUCGCAUCUUCUAGCCGUCCGGUGUCCUUUCUGGGAAGGAUGAAGACUGCUAUGCGCAGCUCUUUGCCACUUUUAGUUCUAGGCUUUGUGCGGCUAGCUAUGGUCAAAGGCGUAGAUUACGCCGAGCAUGUGACGGAGUACGGAGUGCACUGGAAUUUCUUCUUCACCCUCGGCUUCCUACCGCCGUUCGUUGCGCUGUUACAAUCGAUCCCCACCGGGAACCGGAACCCAACAGUCAUCUACACGGUCCUCACUCUGCUCGUUGCGGUGGGUUACCAGAUCGUUUUGAAGACGACAGGUCUAGAGGAAUAUGUCCUCGUUGGCGACCGCCACAAGUACGGUCUUCUAGGAAUGAACAAAGAAGGUGCAAGCAGCUUUGCCGGCUAUCUUGCUAUAUUCCUGGCUGGAAUGUCAUCCGGCACCUACGUACUCCCCCGAGACGAUGCAGUUGAUCCCAAGAAGUCGAAGAUGUUGAAGACGAUGUUGGGUUGGGCGGCGUUCUGGGUUUUUGCAUUCAUUGGCUGCAAUGAAUAUCAGGGCCUAGGAAUCGGUGUCUCGAGGAGACUAGCGAAUCUUUCAUAUGUUCUUUGGGUUGCUGCUUUCAACACCACACAGUUGGUCGCAUUUUACCUAGUUGAGAGACUACUCCUUUCGAAGCGGCAGACCGGAGUGGUCCAUGAGAAGGAGGCAUAUAAAUUCAAUGUUCCUAGAGUGCUUAAUGCAUUCAAUCGCAAUGGAUUGGCUGUGUUUUUAAUGGCGAAUCUCCUAACAGGGCUUGUGAACGUUACGAUCAAGACACUGGAUAUGGGACGGGUGGAAGCUAUGGGCAUAUUGACGGCGUAUCUCGCAGCGGUGGGAGCAGUCGCUUUGGCUCUUGAUUAUAAGGACAUGAGCAUCAAGCUAUAAGUGGUGAGGAGUUAAAAGGGUCCAAAAGGCAAUACCAUUUAUUUUCUGUUUAUUUUACUAGAAUUCUGUCUUCUAUAAAUUGGACUACCUAUUCGAGUG